AUGGAUAAGCCUUGUGAGGUUAUAUUGUCACCAGAUAAAUCUAAUAUUUUGUAUACCGUCUAUGAAAUAAAAGGCAGUUUACUCAGCAAUGCCAUUUUUCACCAUAUUUUAAAUGAAUUGAGGGUUAAACGCUCAUCUCUAAACAGAAUAUUAAUUUACUGUAAGUGCAAAACAAAUUGUGCUGAACUCUAUCGUUUCUUUUCACUGAAUUUGGGAGAUAAAUUCACUGAACCACCAGGCGCAUCACCUCGUAUACCAGAAUGUUGGUUAGUUGACAUGUUUUUUAAAAGCACAGAAGAAGAAGUAAAAGAUAGUAUAAUAACUAAUUUCUCAAAAUCGUCUCCAUUACGGAUAGUUAUUGCAACUGUAGCUUUCGGCAUGGGAGUAAAUUGCCCUGAUGUUCAUCUAAUACUUCAUUUUAGCCCACCUCAUGACAUAGAAAAUUAUGUACAAGAAGUUGGUAGAGGCAGAAGAGAUGGAGCACAGACAUUUGCCAUUCUUCUUCAUAACAAAAAAUUGCUUAAAGAAAGCUCUGAUUAUAUGACACGUUAUGUUAAUUAUAAGAAGGAAUGUAGGCGAGAUUCUUUGUAUAAAUUUUUUGAUAAAUAUUCCCACUCACAAGAAAAUUAUGGAUGCCCACUGCUGUGA